AUGGUGCUGAUGGACUUGAUUAAGAAGGGUCAUCCAGAGCCAGAUAAAAAGAUUGGGGGAGGGGUUAGUGCUUUUCAGGUGCGGUACCAUCCUAUGUGGAAAAGUAGGUGCUUCUUCCUCAUAAGGGAUGAUGAGUCUUUGGAUGAUUUUAGCUUCAGGAAGUGUGUAGAUCAUAUACUUCCCUUGCCAGAAGAGAUGAAGUUAAAAUCUGAUGUCAACAAGGCCUUAGGUGGUGGUAAAGGUCAUGGUCAAAGAGGUGGUGGUCAUGGUGGAAGAGGUGGUGGGCGUGGCCGUGGAAGAGGGGCACCUGAUGCAGCGACUAAUACAGCCCUGAUGCACCCCCUGAUGCAGCAGCUGAUGCACCCUGAUGCAGCACCUGAUGCACUCUGA